AUGGAAGUAUUGCUCAUGAAGUGCAUGGAGCUGGGCAACAGCAAAAUUUCAAACUUCAUUCCUGCUUUAAAGUGGUGGAGAUUGGAUGAGAGUGUACAGCAGUUUGCAGGUUUUAUCAUGUCUCAAGUUGAUCUUGCAAGGGAAGCUGCCCCAUUUGUGGAUCCUGCUGUUUUGGUGGAAACUUAUGAACAAGAUGAAUGUGUCGAUGAUCUUGAAGGAGAUGAUCGGAUUCAAUCUGCGCUUGCUCACAUUGUGACGCACGCACUUUUGAAGAUGCUCCCGGACCUGCGUAUAGCCGCGCGGCUAUACUCUAUAAGGACGUAUCAAAUCAUAUUCCUGAGGCUUCUGCAACGGUAUCAGCGUUAUAGCCGCGAGGCUCGACUCUGCAAAUUUGAGCUUGAGAUUGCAAGGGAAGCUGCCCCAUUUGUGGAUCCUGCUGUUUUGGUGGAAACUUAUGAACAAGAGGAAUGUGUCGAUGAUCUUGAAGGGGAUGAUCGGAUUUAUGCUUGGAUGUUACUUGUGACGCACGCACUUUUGAAGAUGCUCCUGGACCUGAUUAUGCAAAGAAAGAAUUUCAUAUUAGAAUGCUUUUCAAUCCACCGUCCUCUGCAGUUACUGGAGACAGUUAGGCGUCAUAGAGUCAAUGUCGAUGGCAAUGUCUGUACUGUCAUGGUAACCACUUUGGUUCUUGAGGGAUGGCAGCGGAAACUUGACCCCAGGUACAAUGUGAUGCAAACACUGCUUCUCAAAGCUGACUGA